AUGAACAUAUCUCACCCCAUCUCGUCCGCUAUUGAUAGCGUCGACUUUGAUUUUCUCACUCCGGCCGAGAUCAAGGCCAUCUCGGUCAAGAAGAUCGAGAAUCCCACCACCUUCGAUAGUCUGAACAACCCUAUUCCCGGCGGACUAUACGACCCUGCUCUGGGGUCUUCGGGCGAUUCAACAUGUACGACAUGUAAUCUUGGGGCGCCAAACUGUCCCGGUCAUGUAGGCCACAUCGAGCUUCCAGUCCCCGUCUACCACCCCGUGUUCAUGGACCAGAUCCUGCGGUUGCUUCGCGCCCAGUGCCAAUACUGUUUCCGCUUUCGCAUGCGAAGGGCCGACAUAAACCUCGUCUCGUGCAAGCUACGCCUGCUUCAGUUCGGCCUGAUCGACGCCGCGUACCACAUCGACGACAUCAACCCAGAUACCACCGAUAUCGAGCUGGACGACGAGAACAAGUCCGAGGGCGAGGAGAGCUCUUCCAUUGACAAAGUCAUUUGCAUGCGAGAUGCCUACACCCAGCAAGAGUUGAGGAGGCACCGCGUGCGAUCCGCAGACAUCAGAAAGGGGAAGCAUGAAGGCGCAUCGGAGGCGCGGAGGGACGUCGUGAAGAACUUCCUGAGGGACAUGACCAAGGGUAGGAACUGCGCCACCUGCAACGCCAUCUCGCCAAACUUCAGAAAGGACCGAUUCGUCAAGAUUUUUGAGAAGGCCUUGAGCAACAAGGACCAGGCCAAGAUGGCUCAGCGGAACCUCAAAGCCAAAGAUGCCCUGUCCAUCAAACGGAAAGCUCAAGCCGAGGCGGCCAAGAAGCCCAACUACGACUCGGACGAAGGCAUAGCCGACAUCGACCUACCAUCGAGUGAGGGCGAAGGUGAGAAUGGGCUAGAAGACGAUGGGGACGAGGAUGAGGAGGACGAAGGCGACGGGGAAGAGUUGGACGAAAACGGCGACGUCGUCAUGACCGACGCUGCCUCCAAGCCUCUGAAAAAGAAGAGAGAGGACGCCAGUAAGGGUCAACGAUAUGUCAACUCAAUGGAAGUCAAGGCCCGAUUGCAACUUUUGUUUGAAAAGGAGCAAGACAUCAUGACCCUUCUUUACAACUCCAAGCCCCUUGGCGAGUCGGCGGGCAAGAUCGUCCCGGCAGACAACUUCUUCCUGCAGACUAUCCUCGUGCCGCCGAGCAGGUAUCGUCCGGAAGCCCGGCAGGGUGACACUGUCGUCCAGGCCCAACAAAACUCGCUCUACAUACAGAUACUGAACGCAUGUUCUCGAAUCGCCCAGAUCCACAAGGAAUUGUCUCAGGGAAACGGUGCCAGUGAUGAUGCUCCGGUCCGGAGACGAGAAAUGUCGGAAAUGCUCGAAGCCUGCGUUCAGUUGCAAGACUGUGUCAACUCGUUGAUUGACCGGGACAGGAAUCCCAUACGUGGAGCGGCGGGGAAGAGGAAUGAGGACGGUAUCAAGCAGAAGCUUGAGAAGAAAGAAGGCUUGUUCAGAAAGAACAUGAUGGGCAAGCGUGUGAACUACGCAGCUCGAAGUGUCAUUUCCCCCGAUCCUAACAUCGAGACUAGCGAAAUCGGUGUCCCCCCUGUCUUUGCUAAGAAGUUGACCUAUCCGGAACCCGUCACCAGUCACAACUUCAGAGAGAUGCAGCAGGCUGUCAUCAAUGGCAUCGACAAGUGGCCCGGUGCCGCGGCCAUCGAAAAUGAGAAUGGACAGGUCAUCAACCUGAAGAACAAGUCUGUGGAAGACAGAGUCGCACUAGCCAACCAACUCCUCGCCCCAACCACGCACGAUUACGGCGGCAUGCAGAGCAAAAAGGUCCACCGUCAUUUGGGGAAUGGAGAUGUCGUGCUGAUGAACCGUCAGCCUACGCUUCACAAGCCUUCUAUCAUGGGCCACCGAGCUAGAGUGCUUCCCGGCGAGAAGACGAUCCGCAUGCACUACGCAAACUGCAACACGUACAACGCAGAUUUCGAUGGUGAUGAAAUGAACAUGCACUUCCCCCAGAACGAGCUCGCGCGCGUCGAAGCCCUGCAAAUCGCAGACACAGACCAUCAAUACCUCUCGGCAACAGCCGGAAAGCCCCUUCGUGGCUUGAUUCAGGAUCACAUCUCCGUGUCGGUGGCUCUCUGCAGCAAGGACGCCUUCUUCGACAAGGGAACAUAUCACCAGCUUGUGUAUGGUGCACUCCGACCGGAGAGCGGGCACGUAACAUCCGAGAGGCUCGAACUUGUCCCACCGGCCAUGUUCAAACCAGCCAGGCGGUGGACCGGCAAACAGGUCAUCACAACCAUCCUGAAAAACAUGCGGCCAGCUGGGCGUGGUGAUCUUUGGCUCACUGGGAAGACGUCGAUCAAGUCACAGCCUUGGGGCGUUUUCGUAGAAGAAGGAGAAGUACUGUUCAAUGAUGGCGAGUUCAUCACUGGCAUUCUGGACAAAUCCCAGCUGGGACCUAGUAGUGGCGGCUUUAUCCACUCGAUACAUGAAAUUUGGGGCCCCGAAGUGGCUGCCAAACUGCUCAGCUGCAUGGGUCGGCUUCUCACGAGAUACCUCAACAUGCGUGCUUUUACCUGUGGUAUGGACGACCUACGGCUCACGCCCGAGGGCGAAAAAACACGAAAAGAAAAGCUGGAGGAGGCAGGCCGGAUUGGCCUCAAAGUCGCUGCCACGCACGUGAGCCUGGACAAACACGCCGACAUCGAAAAUUCAUCACCUCUUCUUCUUGAGCGUCUGGAGGAGGUAAUGCGCGAUGAUAGCAAACAAGAAGGCCUUGACCGUAUGAUGAACCAGGAAUGUGGUAAUGUGUCGUCAGCCGUGACACUGGCAUGCCUUCCCGCGGGACUAACGAAGCAGUUCCCGAAGAAUCACAUGCAGGCCAUGACAAUAUCUGGGGCAAAGGGAAGUCCUGUCAAUGCGAACUUGAUUUCCUGCAACCUUGGCCAGCAGGUCCUUGAGGGUAGAAGGGUGCCCGUCAUGGUCAGUGGCAAAACGCUGCCCUGCUUCCGCCCUUUCGAAACGCACGUCCGAGCCGGUGGUUACAUUGUGAACCGUUUCUUGACCGGCAUUCGGCCGCAGGAAUAUUACUUCCAUCACAUGGCCGGUCGAGAAGGUCUCAUCGACACGGCUGUCAAGACCUCCCGGUCCGGUUAUCUCCAGAGGUGUCUGAUCAAGGGUAUGGAGGGCCUCAAGGUUGCCUACGACACUUCGGUACGAGAUGCGGAUGGUUCAAUGGUGCAGUUCCUGUACGGCGAGGACGGAUUGGACAUCACCAAGCAGAAAUAUCUGCAUGACUUCAGCUUCGUACUCCGCAAUCGGACAUCACAGGUAGACCAACUUGGAAUUGCCGAAAGGGGGUGGGAUCAAGAGGUGUAUGAAUCGAAGGAUUAUGCCCAAAAGCACCUAAAGAAAGCAGUCAAGCAAGCUGCGGCAAACGAUCCCAAGGGUCUCGAUCCGAUCCAAGCCGAACUCAACCCGAACCGGAAUGCUUUUGCCACAUCAGAGAAGUUCUACAAAGAUGUGUCGGGCUAUCUCAAGAGCAACAAGGACGGUCUGAUCAAGCAGAAGGGUGGCAACAGUGGGAAGAGCGACAAGAGCGACAAGGUACCUCGCAAGUAUGCCGAGAAAAUCUUUCAUUCCAAGUACCUCAGCUCCCUCGUGGAGCCCGGCGAGGCUGUCGGCAUCGUUGCUGGGCAGUCUGUAGGUGAACCGUCGACCCAGAUGACGCUGAACACUUUCCAUCUGGCGGGGCAUUCUGCAAAGAACGUCACGCUCGGUAUCCCUCGUCUCCGAGAGAUUCUGAUGACAGCUAGCGAGCGUAUCUCGACUCCGUCCAUGACACUUGUGCUGAACGAAGAGUUGAGUCAAGAUGAGGGCCGAAAAUUCGCCAAGGCGAUUAGCGUACUCCCCCUCGCCCACGUCAUCGACAAGGCCACGGUCAAGGAGCGUGUAGGCAAGGGCAUCGGCUACCGACUCGCCAAGAUGUUUGACAUUCGCUUGGAGUUCUUCAGUGCCAAAGAAUACAAGGAGACGUACGAAAUCAGUACCUCUGAUGUGUUGGACACGGUUGAGAUGAAGCUGCUGCCACUACUGGAGAGGCUUGUCAAGAAGGAAAUCAAGGCGAAGUUAGACCGCGAGAACGCUGCCGUGCCCGAGGUCGGGGUGAAAUCAGGGGUUGUGGAAGUGGCAGCAGGCAACAGCGAGGCCAUGCCACGAGAUGAGGAUGACGAUGACGAUGAUGACGGCGACGAUGACGCGACAAACGCCAAGCAGCGCGCAAACCGAGCUCAGGCAGUCUCGUAUGGCGCGAACGAUGACGAGGACGACGAGAUCCAGCAGCGGUUGGAACGCGAGGCGUCGCCUGAAGACGUGGAGGAACCUGAGGACGAAGGCUUUGGGGGGAGUCAACCUCCAUCCAGCGAUGACGAGGACGGGGAUGGACUUGGUGAGAAGCAGCAGGGCAACCGGAGCCGUGAGAAUCGUGUGAAGGAGAGGACACCAGUGUUAUCGCGGUUCGAAUGCGACGAGGCGACUGGCGAGUGGUGCGACUUCACACUCGAGUACGAUUCCAACACGCCCAAGGUGCUCAUGCUGAGCAUCGUGCAGGAGGCGGUUCGCAAGGCUCUCGUGCAGCAGAUAGCCGGCAUCCGCUCGUGCAUCUUCGUGGCCGAGGACGAGGUACAGGACGCGCAGACGGGCGAAGAGGUGACCAAGGCGGUGAUCCACACGGACGGGGUCAACCUGCAGGCGAUGCAGAAGUACAGCAACUUUAUCAACCCCAACAGCAUCCAGACGAACGACAUCGCGGCGGUGCUCCGGGUGUACGGAAUCGAAGCGGCGCGUCGCAACAUCAUCCGCGAACUGGGGAAUGUGUUUGGCGGGCACGGCAUCAGCGUCGACAACCGCCAUCUCAACCUGAUUGGCGACUACAUGACGCGAAACGGCGGGUUCACGCCGUUCAACCGCAUGGGCCUCAAGGGCAACGUCAGUCCGUUCACCAAGAUGAGUUUCGAGACGACGCUGUCUUUCUUGAAGGAUGCGGUGCUGGACGGUGACUGGGAUGACCUCUCGACGCCCAGCAGUCGCAUCGUCAUGGGCCAGCUGGGAAAGAUCGGAACGGGUGCCUUUGACGUGCUAACGACAGUACACGCGAGGAACGGGAAGAACGAAGUCAGCUAG